UCCAAUUGGAAAUAGAAACGAAACAAUGCAGAUUGCUGCAUUAUUAUACAAGUGAAGAAGAAGAGAGUGCCAUUUUCGGCUGCUAUUUUUGCCCGUCUCUGAGCCUCUGUGUGUGUGUGUGUCGCGUGUGUGCUCUGCGCUGAGGUGUUUGUUGGCGAACGACAGCGAAAGGCAACAAGCAAACAAACAAACAAACAACACACAGGACUUUUCUUUGGCAGGAAAUCUGAUAUAGUCGCGAAUCGGAAACGAAAUUGGAAUCAGAAUCGACAUCGAAAUCGGAAUUGAAAUCAGAUAUAUUCGGAUUCAGAAUCGCACGAAGCAAGUGACUGUAAUCGCAGAAAUCAUUGUUCAAUGACAGCAGCCGCGGCAGUUUUUACCGCUGCUGCUUCUGCUUCUGCCGCUGGCCACGCCCCAGCCGCUUCCGCCCCCAAAUCCGAACCCAUUGCAGCGGAGGAAGCCAAAGUGCACAGUUAACAACGCCCCAAGGCAACAGAGACUGGAAGAUUUAGUUGUGGUCCUGGUCAAGAAAGAGGACCACUUGCAGGACAGACAAUCGCAAGACAAUUUGCAGUCUUCAACAUUCGCAUAUAGAGGCCCAAGGAAACAAGAAUUUCGAUAUCAACGUCACAAUGGUGAAGACGUUUCAGGCCUACCUACCGUCCACGAAUCGGACAUACUCAUGUGUUCACUGCCGCGCCCACCUCGCCUCCCACGACGAGCUCAUCUCAAAGUCGUUUCAGGGCAGCCAGGGACCGGCGUAUCUGUUCAACUCGGUGGUGAACGUGGCCUGUGGCCAGACGGAGGAGCGGGUGCUCCUAACCGGCCUUCACGCGGUGGCGGACAUCUACUGCGAGUGCUGCACGACGCCGCUGGGCUGGAAGUAUGAGCAUGCCUACGAGUCCAGCCAGAAGUACAAGGAGGGCAAGUUCAUAAUUGAGCUGGCGCACAUGAUCAAGGAGAACGGCUGGGACUGAAGGGCUGCUGUCCGUGUGAUGGGCUGAAGAAUCAGGAGCACACCCGUAACAGGAUCAGGAAAACAGGAACAGCAGCUGCAGCAGCAGCAGCAGCAGCGGCGGCGGCGGUGGCAGCGGCAGCGGCGGGAAAAGCAGCGAGUUCACCACACAAGAAAACGAAACACAUACGCGGCAAUAUGCAGACAAAGAGUGCUUACAAAAUGGCUAAAGUCUGGAAAAAUUCGAAAGAACAAACAGAAAAAAAAACAAGGAAAGGCCAACCGAAAAGCGAGAUCGAGUUUUAUCGAGUUUUAGGGUACCACACAAUAUAUAUAUAUGCUAUUAUAUAGUGCAUAACUCGUCGUAUCUUAUAGAACAAAACAAACAAAUCAAUCAGACACACAGAUAUACCGCACAUUCGAUCGAAAAACACCCAUUAUAUAGAAAGCUUGAUUAGGCUUGGGAAGGAUCUCUGCGCUGGCCGCCAUCUAGGAUUUCCGCACUUUCAUUUCGUUUACCAUUAUUACCCACUUAUACCACAUUGUUUUCCUUUUACCAUUUUGCGUUGCAAGUUGAUUCAAUUAUGUGUACUUUCUGUGCAAAAUCUGCCUUAAUUCGAUGAUUUCAAAUAUAAAACUGGCGAAAGCCUCACGCAAAACAGAACUUGCACUGCCAAUAAAUGAGAGAAAUGUUUAGCAUCCAAAAAUAACACAGCAACUGCAGGAACCAUUUGAAACACAUGCGAAAUCAAAAAUGAGGAAAACAAAUUGAUAACACUCACCGACAUAGACAAACAUACACACUGAAACAUUUUUUAACGUAGUAGUUAUAUUUAAUAAAAUUAUUAAAAUUAAUUAUUUAAUGCAAUUUAGCUUGAAACAAACAAAAAAAAACACACGAAAAAGCGAGAUAAACUUAAACUACAAAUUUGUCAAUGUGCAAACGUAAGGAACAACCGAAAUAUGAAGGCGGCAAGGUGCGCGUCCCCGCCGCCAGGUGGCGUUCAGGUGAUGCCACUUGACACUCGGGAAUGAUGCACCGAUGUGCGGGGGAAAAGGGGGUGUGAAUUGAAAGAAAUUAUAUGAAAUACAAAAGCAUAUGACAUGCCUAACUUUAAAAAGAAUAUAAAUAUACACUAUAUAUACAUAUAUAUAUAAGUAUAUGUAUAUAUAUGUAUAUUUAUGUAAGAGAAAUGCGUAUUUAUGUCGCAAAAUAUCGUACAUUAAUCAAAUCGAAAGAAAAGCUGGAUCUAAGCAAAAAAAUAAAUAUAUGUAUAACGAUGGAAAAAGAAGAGCAUAUUUUUAAAGCAAAACGGAUUAUGAUAUAUGAAUAUGCAAAAAAUAACUGCCAAGAACUAUUUAAGUUAAAUGAUGUUCUCUAAGUAGUUAUUAAAAUGUAUCUGAGGAAUAUAUUUUGUGGUAGCAUUAAAAUUAACUAAAAUAAAAGGAGAAACAAGUAAACAGAAUAUAAAAACAAAGUUCAAUAGAAACAAAUUCAAGAAAUCAAAUCCUCUUCAAAAACGAGUAACAUUGAAAUUGCUGAAUACUUAUUUGUGUCCUGCAUUUCAUCCAUUUAAGCUAUUGGCCGUACUUAAACUCUCUCCCUCUAUAUAUAUAUGUAUAUAUAUAUAUAUAUAUGUAUGUUUCCAACUUAAAACCUAGUUUUAUCAAAGCUUUGAGCUUUGUUCGACCAUUUAGGCAUUGACUACUGUACUCCAUGCAUGUGAUGCACCAUGAAACGAAACACAAAUUUUGAAAAACGGAAUUCAUACAAAAACAAAACCAACUGAUGUUAGUAUUUACAUACAUACAUGCCACUAUACAUACUUGCAUACAUACAUACUAAAACGAGACCACCUUUACAUUAAAAAAAUGAAAUACAAAAAGCAUACAAACAUUAAAACACAUCCAAAUACAGUCAGCGACAUGCAGCCGAUUAAGAUGUAUUAAAAUCUCAAUUCAAGAUUGCAAUAAAGC